AUGGCCGCCAUUGGCACUGAUGAUGCUGCCACAGUCUUGGAUCAGUUCUGUCAUGAUGUCGCGAACCUCCCGGCUGAGAUUGCACAUCUGUUGGAAGAAAUCCAAGCAAAAGAUCAACACAUUCAGGACUUGCGCGAUGUCAUAAAUUCACGCGACAAAUCAAUCCAGAAUUUCGUCAGAGCCCAAGGUGGACAUGUGAAGAACCCUAAGGAGGAAGGCCUCACUAAAGUCAUCAUGGCAAACUUUGAUAGCAUCGAGAUUCUGCAGGCUGAGAAGCUAGGAUUGAGUGAGAAGGCUAUGAGACUGCUCGACCGAAAUGUCAGAAGGUUUGACGUCAAGUUGCGCGAUCUCGUCAACAGUGAGCAGAUGCCUCCGGAUCCGACUUUACCGUCUCUUCUGCUACCUGAAGCCGGCAGUGUUGCUACAAGCAACACACCUUCGGCAGCCAUGGCCAUCAACUCGGCACAAUCGGGUGGUGCACCGAAUGUUGCUAAUGCAGCGAUUGCCCGCCUGCAUGCUGUCAACCAACGCACAUCAUCACCGUUGAAUGCGCAAAAUGCAUUACUCAAUCAAGCACAUCUCAACAGCCCUUCAGCAAGGUCACAACGGGAGGGCAGUGCGGACGCAUCGAAACGUCGUCGCCUGAACCCCUCCAUGUCAGGCACUGUACCAACCAUGUCGUCUUCCCUGAGACAAUCUUCGCUUGGCCCGACUUCUGGUACGCCGAAAGCUGGCACUCCUGUCCCCAACUCGAGUCGUGCUGGAUCUGCUCAACCUAAUAAGAAAGCACCACACAACAAAAAAAUUGCACCACAUCAAGCAUCGGCUCCAGGCUCUAACAGAAAACGUAUUCGAUCUGGCCAUGUGACAUCGAAGAAAGAUCGUAAGCGUCACCUCACAUCACCAACGCCUUCAUCGUCUCGAGGAAGUGUCAGCCCAACGCCGUCAACCUUGCCAGUGGGAAUUGAUGGUACGGUGGAACCGCGUUCUCGACUUCGAGGUACCCGUGCAGCCUCUGCUGCUUCCGAAGAAGAAGGCGAAGAUGCCGAACCUGAUGCUGAAGGAGAGGAAGACGAUACACAAGUCUACUGUGUCUGUCAACGUGUCUCAUUCGGCGAUAUGGUUGCCUGCGACAACGAUGACUGCCCACAUCAGUGGUUCCAUUGGGGUUGUGUCGACCUCAAAGCCGAACCUAAAGGCGAAUGGCUUUGCCCACAUUGUCGCGAACUUCCUCGCAGUAAGAUUGUGAAGACUUCAGACAAGUGA